GAUCAUGGACCUUUUUUUUUUUUUUUUUUGCUGUUCUCUGAUCAGCUUCAUCUUUAAAGAUACCCGACUGAUGCUGAUGCUGCUGCACUGAGGAGGGAUGGAGGGAGGAGGCAGCACCUCCCCUCCUGGUCCUGAGAUGAGAGAGGCUGGCGAUGCUUUGCUGGACCACACCUCCUCGGCGUGACUUCAUCACGUCAAGUUGGUUGCCGCUGCAUUAAAGAGAGAGAUUUGUAUGAGAGGAGGCUGGAGAGGGAGGGUCGUGCAUGACAUCAUUCCCACGGAGUCAGUGCGCGGACUCGCUUGUGGUUCCUCCAAGUGCGCACGGCGGCUGAGGCUGAGGGAGCGACUCCUGCUGCCGAACCCAGACGCGCAUCUCCACCAGCAAGCUGCGCUCCUGGGCUGGAUUAAUAUAUAUAUAUAUAUAUAUAUUAUAUAUAUAUAGAUAAAUAUUAUAGAGGAACUUCAUAUUGGACACAUCGAAGGGAGGCACACUUAAAAAAAAACCCAAAAAGAACCCCGAGGAUUAUUUGUUUGUUUUAAAAAAAAAGAUGAAGAUGUGAGGGUUCCACGCUGCAAGAACCAGAAAGAAACUCCGAGGCUGAUAAAAGGUACGCAUGAGCGAGUAACAAGAGGAAGAAGUGGAAGAAGUGGCUGCUGGUAUAGCCGAAGAUAUGAAGUUUAAGAGGUUCUGAAAACAAGCCAGUGAGUGCUAAACCAUCCUGCCUGCAGAACUCUAUCAUCCCCGUGCAGUUGGUGCCUCGGCAUUCCAGCCAGGUGGAAGAUAAGACCCACCCCUUCCUUCCCUGUACCCCACCCCCCAACCUACUCCCACCGGAACAAAGAUGGCCACGGGGAGUGUCGCUCGUCUGUCCUUGCCAAUCCUGCUGCCUGUUACACUUCUGCUGCUAUCACUGCUGCUCACUGGCUCCCAGGCCUUAUCACCGCCACGAUUCACGAAAGUCCCUGUUGACCAGAUAGGUGUCUCCGGGGGUGUCGUGUCCUUUGUUUGCCAGGCGACGGGGGACCCCAAGCCAAGGGUUAGCUGGAAUAAAAAAGGCAAAAAGGUCAACUCCCAGCGUAUAGAGACCAUUGAAUUCGACGAGGGCGCCGGCGCUGUGCUCCGAAUCCAGCCUCUGCGUCAACCGCGUGACGAGAACAUCUAUGAAUGUGUGGGUGAGAACAGCGAGGGCGAGAUCACAGUCAACGCCAACCUGUCCAUCAUCCGAGACGACCUUCUCCCUCCUGGCUUCCCGAAAAUUGACAUGGGCCCUCAGUUGAAAGUAGUGGAGCGAACCCGGACUGCAACAAUGCUUUGUGCCGCCAGUGGCAACCCCGACCCAGAAAUCACUUGGUAUAAAGACUUCCUGCCCAUUGACCCCAGUGCUAGUAAUGGGCGAAUCAAACAGCUCCGUUCAGGUGCCUUGCAGAUUGAGAACAGCGAGGAGACGGACCAGGGGAAGUACGAGUGCGUGGCGUCUAACGUGGAAGGCGUGCGCUACUCGUCCUCUGCUAACCUUUAUGUGCGAGUCCGGCGGGUUCCUCCUCGCUUCUCCAUUCCACCGACGAGUCAGGAAAUCAUGCCAGGUGGUAGUGUGAACAUAACGUGCGUGGCGGUGGGAUCCCCCAUGCCUUACGUCAAGUGGAUGUUGAAUUCGGACGACCUGACGCCAGAGGACGAGAUGCCUGUGGGUAGGAAUGUCCUUGAGCUGAGCAGCGUCCGUGAGUCGGCCAACUACACCUGUGUGGCCAUGAGCAGUCUUGGCAUUAUUGAGGCUGUUGCGCAGAUCACCGUCAAAUCUCUUCCAAAGCCUCCAGGUACUCCAGUGGUAACUGAAACCACAGCCACUAGUGUGACUAUCACCUGGGACUCCGGCAACCCUGACCCAGUCACCUACUAUAUCAUCCAAUACCGUGCAAAAUCCCCUGACAGCAAGUACGAGACAGUGGACGACAUCACCACCACACGUUACAGCAUCGGCGGCCUCUACCCCAACACGGAGUAUGAAAUCCGAGUCUCGGCCGUCAACACGAUUGGCCAGGGUCCUCCCAGUGAGCCAGUGGAGACCAGAACCGGUGAACAAGCCCCUGCUAGUCCACCCCGAAACAUCCAUGUCCAGAUUAUAUCCCAAAACACCAUGCUGGUAACGUGGGCGGAACCAGAGGAACCAAACGGGCAGAUUAAGGGCUAUAGGGUUUAUUACACCAUGGAUGACUCCCAGCCUAUGAGCCUCUGGCAGAUCCAUAAUGUCCAGGACAGCAUCAUCACGACCAUAAAGAGCCUUGUUCCUCAAGAGACGUACACCAUCAAAGUCCUAGCUUUUACGUCAGUAGGCGAUGGACCCUUCUCAGAGCCAGUCCAUGUUAAAGUGCUGCAAGGAGUUCCUGGUCAGCCAUCCAAAUUUCAGGUGGGCGACGUGUCUGAUACCAGCAUCCAACUAACUUGGGAACCUGCCUUUGAUAAAGAAGGAAUUAUCAAAUAUGAACUUCGCUACACUGAAGGCAGUUUUGGCUCUCAGAUGAAUAAAACAUUUGGGCCUGCAUCUUCAUACAUUGUGGAAGGCCUCCGCCCAAACACCGAGUAUCACUUCUCCCUGGCAGCCAUCUCUAACAAAGGCACCGGAGCUUUCACCAAUGACGUAUCGCAGAAGACCUUGCAAGCCAAUCCUUCAGCCCCCCCUCAAGACAUUAAGUGCAGCAGCACCAGCUCCACCUCCUUGCUGGUAAGUUGGCGCCCCCCGCCACUGAGGAGCCAGAAUGGUGUCCUGGCGGGGUAUAGGGUGCGCUACCAGGUGGUGGGACAGGCGGAGGGCGGCGGUGACGAUGUGGAGCCAAUGGAGGAGCCCACCGUGCCUGCCUCCGAAGAGCGGGUGCUGCUGCAGCGAUUGGAGAAGUGGACCCAGUAUCGCAUCACCGUGUCUGCCUUCACGGUUGUUGGGCCGGGCCCUGAAAGCGAGCCCUUUAACUGCCGGACGGAUGAAGACGUUCCUGGCGCCCCUCCGAGGCGUGUGGAGGUGGAGGUCUUAAACUCCACCGCACUCAAGGUGAUGUGGCGUUCGCUCAUGCCUGGGAGGCAGCACGGCCAGAUCCGUGGCUACCAGGUCCACUACGUCCGCGUGGAGAACGGGGAGUCCAGGGGCCUGCCCCUCAUUAAGGACGUCAUGCUGGCCGACGCCCAGUGGGAAACGGACGAUAUCGCUGAAUAUGAAAUGGUUAUUGGAGGAUUGAAGCCGGACACCACCUACUCCAUCACGGUGGCGGCAUACACCACCAAGGGCGAUGGAGCACGGAGCAAACCCAAACUGGUUGUGACCAAAGGUGCAGUGCCUGCUCCGCCCAUUUUGUCAGUGACUCAGGAGUCGGAAACAUCUGCUCUGGUUCGCUGGGACCCCCCCGAUCUAAAAAACGGCAUGGACCUUCAAGGUUACAGGCUCCAGUUUGGUCGGAAAGACGUCUCACCUUUGGCCACGCUAGAGUUUACCCCCCAGGAACGACAGUACUCUGUGGGCAACAUUCACCGCGGGGCCACCUACCAGUUCAAACUGUCCGCCAAAAGCAGGGGGGGCUUUGGGGAGGAAGCUGGUGUGGAACUCCGAGUGCCCGAGAAUAUACCAGGUGGUUACCCUCAAAUGAACGAAGGCUCCAACGUGACAUGUUGCUCCGUGCAGCUGUCCUGGUCACCGCCGGUGCUGGCCGAGAGGAACGGCGUAAUCACCGAGUACACUUUGGCCUUCAAGGAAACUGGCAGUAGAGAAGCACAGCAGGAGCUCCGAGUACCCCCCAACCUGUCCAGCUUCGUCCUCAACAGCCUCAAACCAAACUCUGCUUACGAUGUGAAAAUGCGCGCGCACACCAUUGUAGGUCCCGGGCCCUACAGCCCACCUAUCCAGUAUCGGACGGUGGCCAAUGAUCCAACAGAUGUGCCAAAGAAUUUUACCAUCAAGUGGGCGACCAAGACCACCGUGGUCCUUGCCUGGAAGUUUUCUGACAGCAGGUCCCCAUACAAAUGCACGAUUGAAUACAACCGUCAGAAGAUGGAUGUCGAUGCCAGGCAGCUGAAGGCCUUCAUCACUGGACUAAGGCACAACACCACUUACGAGUUCAGGGUGACAUGCCAAGAAAGCAUGGACAGCGGGCCAAAACACCGUGUGGUAGCCAAGACGGCACCACUCAUCCUGGUCAGGAAGCCCAAGCUGGACAUCUACGCCGAGCCUGACGAUAUUCUCACCAUGUCGUUUCCACCCGUCGAUGGAAAGGAUGUCAAGAUUUUUUAUGUGGUUGUGGUGCCAUUGAGAAGGACCUUAGGGACUGUCAAGAAUCUAAAGACUCCUGACGAGAUGGACAUUGAAGAGCUGUUGCGGGAGGUGACCCCAAAGCGCCGGUCACGCCGUCAGCUGGCUCAGCUGGACCAGAGGAAGCCUUACAUCACAGCCUGCUUCCGGCAGCUUCCUUCCAGCUUCACCGUGGGCUCUGACCAUCGCCAGAGCAGCUGUGAGAAUAAAGCUCUCGAACCUGGCCAGGAGUACGUCUUCUUCCUCAUGGCUGAACUGAAUACGACUGCCGGGAAAAUGUUUGCGACCAGCCCUUACACUGACACGGUGAUGAGUCCCGUGCUGGUGGACCCUCAGCCAGUGGAGACCGGCGGGGAUGGGCUCAUUUGGGUGGUCGGUCCAGUCUUGGCCGUGGUCUUCAUCAUCUGCAUUGUCAUUGCAAUCCUCCUGUACAAAAACAAACCUGACAGCCGCAAGAGAAAGGAGUCAGAACCCCGCACAAAGUGCCUGCUGAACAACGCCGACAUCACCCCCCACCACCCCACUGACCCUGUGGAAAUGAGACGCAUCAACUUCCAAACGCCAGGUAUGAUGAAUCACCCUCCUAUCCCCAUCUCCGAGCUGGCGGAGCACACGGAGCUUCUGAAGGCCAACGACAACCUCAAGCUUUCCCAGGAAUACGAGUCCAUCGAUCCAGGCCAGCAGUUCACCUGGGAGCAUUCCAACCUGGAGGUGAACAAGCCGAAAAAUCGUUACGCCAAUGUCAUUGCGUACGACCACUCCCGCGUCAUCCUGGCUCCCAUAGAGGGCAUCACGGGGAGCGACUACAUCAACGCCAACUACAUCGACGGCUACAGGAAACAGAACGCUUACAUCGCCACCCAGGGUCCUUUACCAGAAACCUUCGGGGACUUCUGGAGGAUGGUGUGGGAGCAGCGAGCCGCCACCGUGGUCAUGAUGACCCGACUGGAGGAGAAGUCACGGAUCAAGUGUGACCAGUACUGGCCCAGUCGUGGCACUGAAACCUAUGGUAUGACCCAAGUGACCCUGUUGGACACCAUCGAAUUGGCCACUUUCUGUGUCCGCACCUUCUCCUUGCACAAGAACGGCUCCAGCGAGAAACGUGAGGUCCGCCAGUUCCAGUUCACGGCGUGGCCCGACCACGGUGUGCCGGAAUACCCGACCCCCUUCCUGGCCUUCCUGCGCAGGGUCAAGACCUGCAACCCGCCUGAUGCUGGACCCAUCAUCGCCCACUGCAGUGCCGGCGUCGGUCGGACAGGGUGUUUCAUUGUGAUCGACGCCAUGCUGGAGCGGAUCAAGCACGAGAAGACGGUGGACAUUUACGGCCACGUGACGCUGAUGCGCUCGCAACGGAACUACAUGGUGCAGACGGAGGACCAGUACAGCUUCAUACACGACGCCCUGCUGGAGGCGGUGGCCUGUGGCAACACGGAGGUGGCGGCUCGCAGCCUCUACUCCUACAUCCAGAAGCUGGCCCAGGUGGAGAGCGGCGAGCACGUCACCGGCAUGGAGCUGGAGUUCAAGCGUUUGGCCAACUCCAAAGCCCACACGUCACGCUUCAUCAGUGCCAACCUUCCCUGCAACAAGUUCAAGAAUCGGCUGGUCAACAUCAUGCCCUACGAGACCACGCGUGUCUGCCUGCAGCCAAUCAGAGGCCUGGAAGGAUCCGACUACAUCAAUUCUAGCUUCAUUGAUGGAUACAGGCAACAAAAGGCCUACAUUGCCACACAGGGCCCGCUGGCAGAGACUACCGAGGACUUCUGGAGAAUGCUCUGGGAGAACAAUUCCACCAUUGUCGUCAUGUUGACCAAACUGAGAGAGAUGGGAAGGGAAAAGUGUCACCAGUAUUGGCCCGCGGAGCGCUCUGCCAGGUAUCAGUACUUUGUGGUGGACCCCAUGGCGGAGUACAACAUGCCUCAGUACAUCCUUCGAGAGUUCAAAGUCACGGAUGCCCGGGAUGGCCAAUCCAGGACAGUAAGGCAGUUCCAGUUCACCGACUGGCCAGAGCAAGGUGUUCCCAAAUCUGGGGAGGGCUUUAUCGAUUUCAUCGGCCAGGUGCAUAAAACCAAGGAGCAGUUUGGACAGGAUGGGCCGAUCUCUGUUCACUGCAGCGCUGGUGUGGGAAGGUCGGGUGUCUUCAUCACCCUCAGCAUCGUCCUGGAGCGAAUGCGUUACGAAGGUGUGGUCGAUAUCUUCCAGACGGUGAAGAUGCUCCGAACACAGAGGCCAGCUAUGGUCCAAACUGAGGACGAGUACCAGUUCUGCUAUCACGCCGCUCUGGAGUACUUAGGAAGCUUUGAUCACUAUGCAACGUAAAAAGCCAUCUCGCCCCACCACCGCCGCCCCCCCCCCCCCCCCCCCCCCUACACCCCGGCCCCCAUGAGUCCCGUCACCACCCCGCCUCGCCCCCGACCCGACAGUCUCCUGAGCCAUAGAAACUUGAAUUUUUGAAGCAAGCCGUCGUCGCACAACAAGCGCUCAGUCGGACGCGUCACACCAAGAUACCAUUGUAGAUCUUUUAAAACCCCACCCGAUAUUCCCGUCUUGAGAAGAUUCUGACCCGGAAGUUAAGGCUCGAGCCGUGUGGGGUGGGGGGGGGGCUAUCCAAGCGUCGGACCGCUUACCUUACCUCGAGUAAACAUCCACGACGAACGAGACGGACUUCACCAGUAGGGGUUGUUUCCGACACAUUUUGUGUGACGUUCGGAGAGACGACCACUCAAAGAAGAGGACGACUGAUGUCACAUAUCUUCAAGAUGGCUUCUCCGGUCAACCACAACAGAAAAUAAGGUUGGUGGACGGUGACCAUGUCCGACAUUUUUUUGUGUGUGUGUGUUUUUUUUUUCGUUUAACCACCUUUGCGGUUUGGGAAGCGGGACGAAGACGCGCCACAAAGCCUUCCUUUGGUGUACAGUAGUGACCAACGCUCUCGGUGAACAUUUUCCAUUUCCUGUCCAAGGCUGAACAUGCUGCUUCUCUCGCCUGUGCUGUAGCUCUCUCAUCUCAGAACACAGCCUUUCCCUGACUUCACUUUUAAGAUGCGCUCCAUCCUCAUUUUGUCCCAUCUAAAGGGGGCGGAGAAAAAGGAAAAAAAAAACAACAAAAAACGAAGCUUUAGUUCUGGCUCUCCGUGUUGUUGAUGACGUCUGCGGAGCGUGUUAGCUGGUGAUGCUGGGAGGAGGAACAUCUCGCACAUCCCGGAGAUAAAGAACUGAAACCACACGGACACGGGUGUUUCCUGAAUGUUCUCCGCUCCUUAAAAAGCUGCCUUUUUGGUCAAUUCGGAGCGGACUGGAGAGUUUCAAAAAGUUUCCGUGCGGACGAGUGAAAAACAUAAGCAGAGGUGGGUAGUAACAUUUAUGCCAAUAAAUGUACUUUUUGGAUGAACUGUAGUAGUUUUAUCCCAUCAAAUCCAAUCCACUUUAUUUAUAUAGCACAUUUAAACAACAAAUAUGUUUCCAAAGUGCUGCACAACAAUAUUAAAAAUAAUAUUCAAAUAUUAUCCUUAGCUCCAACAAUGACUGAAUAAAAACAAAAAAUAAAUAUGAUUAAAAACGAUUUAAAAGGGUAAAACCAAUGAAAACAAUAAAUAGAAAUCAACAUUUUAAAAAAAACAGAGGACCACACAACUCACGUAGUGUUAAAAGCCAAAGAAUAAAAGUGGGUCUUAAGACGAGACUUAAAACACUCCACUGUGGGAGCAGUUGGAACAUGGAGGGGCAGAGUGUUCCAGAGUUUAGGGCCGACCACAGAGAAGGUCCUGUCUCCCCUGGAUUUAAGUCUCGUCCCGGGCACCACGAGCUGGAGCUGGCUCUCGGACCUCAGAGCGCGCGCAGGAGUGUACAUUUGGAUGAGGUCCGAGAUAUACUGAGGUGCCAGUCCAUGUAAAGCUUUAAAAGCAAACAGCAAGGUUUUAAAAUCAAUUCUAAAAUGAACAGUUAGCCAGUGCAAACUCUCAAGAUUGAUUGUAGAAAACUGUUCAUUGAUUUAGAAUCAAGAUCAAUUAGAAUCACAAUUCAGAUUUGUAUCGAUUUUUUUUCUCCAAUUGAUUCUAGAAAACUGAAUUGAUUUAGAAUUGACAUAAAUUAGAAUCACAAUUCGGACUUAUAUCGAUUUUUUUUUCUUCUAUGAAUUACAAUCGCAAUUUGGAUUUUUAUCCUUUUUUUUUUUAGAAAACGGUUUUCUAGAAUCGAGAUGUAUUAGAAUCACAAUUCGGACUUUUAUAAAAAAAAUAAAAAAAAUUAAUCGAUUCUAGAAAUCCAUUUCUUAGAAUGCAGAUUAAUUAGAAUUGCAAUUCUGACUUGUAUCGAUUAUUUAUUUUAUUGAUUGUAGAAAACUGUUCAUUGAUUUAAAAUCGAGAUCAAUUACAAUCACAAUUCAGACUUUUAUACUUUUUUUUUUCUUCUAUUGAUUCUAGAAAACUUAAUUUACAGUUGAGAUGAAUUACAAUCACAAUUCGAACUUGAGUCGUUUUUGUUGUUCUUUUUUUUAAUAAUGAAAAAAAAAACUGUUAAUUUAGUAUCUAGAUUAAUUAAAAUCACAUUUUCGGACUUGUAUGGAUUAUUUAUUUAUUUUUCUAUUGAUUCCGGGAAAACUUUUCAUUGAUUUAGAAUUGACAUAAAUUAGAAUCACAAUUCAGACUUUUAUCGAUUUUUUUUUUUCUAUUGAUUCUAGAAACGUUUAAUUGAAUUACAAUCGCAAUUUGGACUUUUAUCCUUUUUUUUCUUGAAAACGGUUUUCUAGAAUCAAGAUGUAUUAGAAUCACAAUUCGGACUUUUAUUUUUUUUUAAAUUUAUAAAUCGAUUCUAGAAACUGUUUCUCAGAAUCCAGAUUAAUUAGAAUUGCAAUUCUGAUUUGUAUCGAUUAUUUUAUUUUUUUAUUUUAUUGAUUGUAGAAAACUGUUCAUUGAUUUAGAAUCAAGAUCAAUUAGAAUCACAAUUCAGACUUUUAUACUUUUUUUUUUUUCUAUUGAUUCUAGAAAACUUAAUUUAUAGUUGAGAUGAAUUACAAUCACAAUUAGAACUUGAGUUAAAAAAAAAUGUUAAUUUUGUAUCUAGAUUAAUUAAAAUCACAUUUUCGGACUUGUAUGGAUUAUUUAUUUAUUUUUCUAUUGAUUCCAAGAAAACUUUUCAUUCAUUUAGAAUUGACAUGAAUUAGAAUCACAAUUCGGACUUUUAUCGAUUUUUUUUUUCCUAUUGAUUCUAGAAACGUUUAAUUGAUUUAGAAUUGAGAUGAAUUACAAAUCACAAUUUGGACUUUUAUGUUUUAAAAAAAAAAUAUUGAUUCUAGAAAACUAUUUUCUAGAAUCGAGAUGAAUUAGAAUCACAAUUUUUUAAAUUUAAAAAAAAUUUAAAUUUAGAAUCUAAAUGAAUUAAAAUCACAAUUCAGACUUGCAUCGACUAUUUAUUUACUUUUUUAUUGAUUUUAGAAAACUUGUCAUUGAUUUAGAAUGGCACUUGGGAUGUGAAUCGGUUAAUUUCAGCAGCCCGAAUAACGAUGCCACCAAGUCCCCCUUUUUGGAGCUCCUGAUUGAACAAAAGUCACAUGGCAACUGGUGAAUGUGUUUGUUUGUCAACUGAUUUUUGGAACACACCCAGAGGAGGAAGCUUGUGCAAAUAUCCGUGUUCGUGUGGAAAAUAGACCCGCCCUAAAAAAAAUAUAUUAAAAAAAACCCCACCUGCAGGUUGCAUUUGCCGCACAAAUGUAAAAGAAGAUCAAAAUCAGCGGCUUUUAUAGUUUGGAGUCAUCCAGGCUUUGGUACGUGUUUUUUAUUUUAUUGUUUUGGAUUGUGUGAAAGUUUCUGAUGUGCGCACAAAAAAGAAGAAAAACAAGCCGAGAUGGACGGGAACUGUGUGUGUCAUCUUUUUUCUAUAUUUCCAAAAACGCCUUAUUGUUACUGUAACAUGAUGAAGACAUUAAUGUUGUAUUACGAUGAAUUAUUUUGCUUUACAUAGUUUCUUUUUGGAACAGAGAUGUUGUAUGGCUUCUUUUUUUUUUGUUUUAACAACUGCAAGAAGAGAAGUGCUUAUUUGUUCACAUUAUGUUCAAAUACAUUCUAUUUUUUCACCGUAGAGCUCCGUAUAACACGUGUGUGUGAGAGUGUGUGUAUGUACACACACACAAACACACACACACACAUUCACAGAUAUUUAACUAUAAAAAUAUAUUCAGACUUAGUUUCAAUAUUUUCUCAUUUUAUUCCCGGCCCUUUGCUUAUGUUUAAAGAUAUAAUAGUUUAUUUUCUUUUUUUAUUUCUCAUUUUAGCAUUUUAUAUUUGUAACGCUUUAGUCUGGCCCGCUCUUCUCCUCAUCCUGGUUCCGAUGAGGACUUUUUAAAAAACUAACUUUGUAGACAUGAGUAUUGGUUUUAUUAGUAGCAGCCUAGCAGUAACCGGUCCGCAGAUGAUCUAACAACUCAAAAAUGAUAUUAUAUUUUUGUCGUUACCUGUAUCGGCCCGAUUUGACAUGCUAUACUUUGUAUGAUCAUGUACAGACUGUGUAACCCCUUUUAUAAAAAGAAAAUCUAUAUGUACUUUUUUUUUUUUUUUUUUUUUUUUUUUUUACACUUGUAUUACUUUCCAACAUACUGUGGUAAUUCAUCUUUUUUUGUCAGAAAUACACAACAAUCGACAUGUAAAUAAACAAAUAUAUAGAUUAUAUGUAUUUGUAAAUCAUUUCACCCUGAAGAGCUCAAACGGUACAAAGAUUUACACAUCGCCAACUUGUUCUUCUGGAAAGAACAUGUACAGUAGGGAAGGGAUUCACAUGACCCCAUUCCUGAGGUCUUGCGUGAGAGGAAGAGAGUCUGCUGAAAACGAUGGAAAGCGCCACUCUUCAUAGCAACUGACGCUGUGGUCAAAGUUGGAAUUGCCACAAAACACAUUUUAAGGUAUUCAACACUCUAAAGUGGAGAGUGCACCCUCCCUAAUUUGUCACGUUUCAUGUGUCUGGUAAACCGCGGCGAAUGGGGCCGUACGAAUCCCCUCCCUACUGUAAAAAUACUGCUACUUUUUGCCUUUUUUUGGGGGGGUAUUUUUUGUUCCCCCUUUGCAGAAAGACAAAGUUUUCAUUGAUGAGGUCAUAAAAAUUAAUUUUGAUUCUCGUCAAAUUUCCCCUCGCUAAAUGGAUGCAAAGGACGACGCCACGGGAAUGGCGUGAAACAAGCCUCGGGUGGGGGGGGGGGGGGGGGGGAACAGAGACAACCGAAAACUUUUGGGAAUAUGUUGGACAUGUUUCACGGAGAAAGACAAGAAUCCUCUUUGGAGGCUCUGUGGGAGCGCUGAUUGCCAAAACGGAGUCUUUGGAAAAGCUCGGACUUUUCCGACUCGGCGCCGACGCCUGCCACCUGUCGUUGGAAAGCGUGGCAGAGUAGGCAGAGAAAACCACUAACAAGGAUGUGUAGAGACUACAUAACGACCGAAUGAACACAAAACGAGCUUUCAUUUGUUUGAGGGCUGUCACUUUCAAACUGUUACAUCCAACUGGUUGCUUUAAAGCCACUGUGUAUGUAGAUAUGUUGACUUUGUAUUAAAGAAAUGUUGU